GAAGAAAAAAGUACAGUGGAUUAUAAAUCUAUAUUUUUUUUUAUUUAUAAUUAAAUGCUGUCUGUGAUAUGUACUAAGAUUUCAACCUAUAUAGUAAACAAAGAAUUCCAAAGAAAGCUAUUAAAUAUUGAAGAAUAAAACUAUAAAUGCAUUGAAUUAACAUUUUUUUACAAUGGAUGAAAAAAUUGUUCCAACUGUAGUGUUUCAUCCUAUUAUUUCUUCAAUACAAAAAAUUGCCCUUUAUGAAACAAAAUCUAGGUUUUAUUUAAUGGGAUCAAAUAAUACUUUAACACGUUUUCGUGUAUUAAAGAUAGAUCGUAUGGAACCAAAAGAAUUAGUUGUUAUAGAUGAUAAAAGAGAAUAUACUCAAGAUGAAAUAAAGGAUCUUGUAAAUAUGAUAGAUAUGGGUAAUCGUACACGUACUGGACAAAGAAAUAAUACUGGAGGAGUUGCCAGAAUUGUUUCAGCUUUUGGAAUUAUUGGCAGCAACAUUCAUAAAGAAUCCAUAUCUGACAAUGGUGUAUCAGAGGAAUCUGAACACCAAGAAUAUCAGAAACCAUUGCACAAACCAACUCAAACUAAAUUCACCUGGAAAACAAUGUGGCAGAGAGAAACUUUUCCUCGACUAGUACCAGCUUUUGGUCUUCUUGGCUUUGUACGUUUCUUGGAAGGAUAUUAUAUAAUUCUGGUUACUAAACGACGUAAAGUGGCUGUAAUUGGUCAUCAUACAAUAUAUAAAAUAGAAGAUACUUCGAUGAUUUAUAUCCCAAAUGAUACUAUUCGUGUUUUUCACCCUGACGAGCAAAGAUAUGUAAAGAUGUUUCAAAGCAUAGAUCUUAGUAGUAACUUUUAUUUUAGUUACUCUUAUGAUCUAACACAUACUUUGCAAAAUAACAUGACUGCACCAAUGCAUAUUAAACCUGAUAUUUUUAAUACAAAUAACAAGGAUUCAAAUCAAACAGAGAAUAAUGAUAUUGAGGAUGCAGAGAAUUUUUUUAAUAUGUGGGCCUCUAAAAAAAGUUAUUGCAAUAAUAGUGGAAUAGAAAAAUAUGUUGAUUAUGGUGUACGAAGUAAUCCACAUCGUCGAUUUGUAUGGAAUUCGCAUUUAUUGAAACCAGUAGAAAAAGAUUUACAUCGUGACUGGAUUUUAUAUGUUACACAUGGUUUUAUUGGUCAAUCAAAUGUUAGCAUUUUUGGAAGAUCUAUGUAUAUAACUAUCAUAGCUAGAAGGAGCAAUAAAUAUGCAGGUACCAGAUUUUUAAAACGUGGAGCAAAUUUUGACGGAGAUGUUGCAAAUGAAGUAGAAACGGAACAGAUUGUACAUGAUUCUGGAGUGAGUUCUUUAAGUAAGGGCCGUUUUAGUUCUUUUGUACAAAUGCGUGGAUCAGUUCCUGGACAUUGGAGUCAGGAUGUUAGUAAAAUGGUUCCAAAACCUACCAUCACUUGUGAUUUGGCUGAUCCUUAUGUAGAAACAGCAGGUGCGCAUUUUAAUCAGCUUUUGAGAAGAUAUGGUUCUCCAAUUAUAAUUCUUAAUCUUGUUAAAAAACGUGAAAAGAAGAAACAUGAAAGUACAUUAAGUGAGGAAUUGUGCAUGGCUGUUAAAUAUUUAAAUCAAUUUUUAUCCCCAGAACAUCACAUUCAAUAUAUAAGUUUUGACAUGGCUCGAAUGAACAAAAGAAAAAAGUUCAAUGUUAUGGCACGAUUGGCAAAUAUAGCACAUAAUGCAGUUUUGAAAACUGGGAUUUUUCAAUCACAAAAUCCGUAUUACAGUCAAAAAAAUUUAUUUUCUCCUCAAUCUAAUUACAAUAAAAAGUCUCACAAAAAUUCAAACAUUUCCUCAUUCAAUACAUCUGGCACUUACAAUUGUACAAAUAUUUCAGCUGAAUUCAAUUUUAGUAUUGAUUCUAAAUUUGCUAAAGAAAAUAAACAUAAUGAAUUACAUUAUAUAGAAAAUAAAGUAAAAGAAUGCUUUGGUAAAAAGGGUACAUUACAAACUGGUAUUAUUAGAACAAAUUGCGUUGAUUGUUUAGAUCGUACGAAUACAGCACAAUUUGCAAUAGGAAAAUGUGCUUUGGGAUUUCAAUUAUGUGCUUUAGGAGUAUUAGAAUCUCCUAAGUUAGAAUUUGAUUCUGAUUGUGUUAGAAUGUUAGAAGAAUUAUAUGAAGAUCAUGGCGAUACAUUAGCAUUACAAUAUGGUGGCUCUCAAUUGGUGCAUAGAAUAAAAACCUAUAGAAAAACUGCACCAUGGACAAGUCAGGGCAAUGAUAUUAUGCAAACUCUUAGUAGAUAUUAUAGUAACACAUUUAGCGAUCAAGAAAAACAACAUACAAUUAAUUUAUUUUUAGGUUUAUUUAUACCUGAAGAAGGGAAACCUCCAAUUUGGGAGCUUCUAACAGAUUAUUAUUUGCAUCAUAAACCUGCUUGUCACUAUUCUCGCAGAAUAAAACCUUUAACACAAUGGUGGGAUACUACUGUAUUAAGGUGUCUUCCAUAUGCGUUAAAUGAGGUAACAAAAACGUGUUCAGAAAUAAUACAAGUUCAGAAUUCGACAGAAGAGAUGAUUGAUGUUUAUUACGAUUAUCAUAGGCCAUACGAAUUGUCCUUACUUUCCGAAGUUUAUGCUUAUAAAAUUAGUCAUUCUGUUAGAGAUUUUAUGCCGCAUUUUACAACUAGUUUCAGUCCAUUUGCAGUACGAAUACGACCAGGUAGAAGAAGAGAAGAAACUGGUAAUAAAAAUGUUAAUAUGAAGAAUCCUUCAAUGACUGGACAAAGUAGUACCAGUAGUACGACGUCAAGUGCAAGCUCUAGCGAUGAUUCAAGUUCUGACGAAUAUGAAAAUCAUCAGCAUACUAAUGAUUCUCAAUUGGCAAUGUCAAAAGAAAGCUCAGAAUUCACAUCUUUUGAAUCGUUGUUUCCAUCUAUGAGAGAAGUGUAUGGUACUCAACCUCAAUACCCUAACAGAAAUGACGUUAUAUUAUACAAAAGAUUUGCACUGAUUGGGCGUAAUGCAACAUAUCCUUCAGAAUACACAAAAUUACAUCUAAAAUUAACUCGACAGAUGUCAUUCCCUGAAGUGCCAACUAUUGUAGUUCAAGUACCAACGGUAAAAAAAUCCAGCAUAAAUAUAUACGAGCAAUAUGUUAAAAGAGCAAAGGUAGGUGGUUCUGUACCAAGCUCUAAUAAUGUUAACUUAUAUGAAAAUUAUACAAAACAGCAACAAUUACAAAGGAGACUAAUACAUUCAAAUUAAAUUUGUUUUU